AAAGGACGCGGUCGUGGACCGAACAAACCUUUCCCCAAAUUUUCCCCUCCCCCCGCACCGAACGAACUCUCGAUCCGAUCCCGAUCCCUGCAGGGCGCCGCCUCGGCUCCCCGAUCCGGCCCCAGAUCUGCUCGUCGUUCGACGGGAGCUCUCGAUUGGACAAGCAUGCUGCAUCAGGAAAACAGUGAGGCUUUUGUCAGGCACCACUCUGAACAGCUUGCAUGUAGCAAUAUGAGGGGAGCAGAUGGUCAUCCAAGUUUCCUUCCUGAGACAUGCCAGAUUGCAGUUUGUCCCAAAGUUUGUCAGAGGGAUGAAAAGGUUUGCUCAUUUGAUGAAGACUCGGUGCAUGGUGUUCAUCUAGUAAAUGCUUCUUUUGAGUCACUGUUGGUGGCAAGUGGUGUCAAAGAAGCGCCUACAGUGGAUCAUAACAAGAGACAUGCAUCCAGUGACAUGACGGACAUAGUUGAAUGCAAACGGCAGAAGCAGGAAGAUCAAAUUACACCUAAGGAGGACAACUAUACAAGUGCUGAUGAGGAUGUUCAUCAGUAUCCCACAUACACAACAUAUGAAAGAAGCUUUGACUCGCCGAGAUAUGAGAGUGAGGAAAGUGAAGAUGAGGGUGUAGAUUCACCUGUGCAUUUUUCACUUGCUCAUACGUAUAUUGAAGAUGAUCUGUGGCCUGCCAGCUUUCAUCAAUCUGUGGGUCCUUGCCCCCCAAGGAAACCUGUUCCUAUUGGGCCAAAUCAUCAGGCUGAAUUACCUGAGUGUAGGCCAUUUGGUGGAAAAGCGGAAGAUGAUGAGAGUAACAAGUGGAUCAGAAACAGUGUCAUGCCAAUGCCUGGUACUGGUGCAUUGUCUUUGAUGCUGAAACCUGUUCACUGCAAGGCAGGCUGUGAUUGUAUUGAUGAAGACUCAAUCAAUUGUGUGAGGAAGCAUGUGAGGGAAGCAAGAGAAAAGCUGAAGGUUUCUGUUGGUGCAGACACCUUCAGGGAGUUAGGGUUCUAUGAUAUGGGAGAGGAGGUUGCCUCAAGAUGGACUGAAGAGGAGGAACAUCUGUUCCAGGAAGUGGUCUCAUCAAAUCCUGCUUCUCUGCGCAGAAAUUUCUGGGAUGAACUCCCUCUUGCCUUCCCAUCCAAGUCCAGCAAAGAACUAGUUAGCUACUACUUCAAUGUCUUCAUGUUGAGGAAGAGGGCUGAGCAGAACAGGUUUGAUCCUAUGAACGUUGACAGUGAUGAUGAUGAAUGGCAAGCAGGUGGUGAUGGUGACUUCGCAGUCACAGGAAGGGCUGAUGAAUACUUGCCAACUGAGUCCCUUACCGAUCAAGAUGAUGUCGCAUGCAAUCGAGUUCCUCCAGAGGGGGAUUUCUAUGAAGAUUCUGAGGAUGAGGAUGAUGGUGCCAGUGGAGACAGGCAUGAUGGUGUGCAGAGGGGUGCCAUGCCAGAGGGUCUUGCUGCCAUUUCGUUUAUGGAUCAUAAUCAACAGAAGUUCAAGCUAGAUGCAGAUGCACAAGAUGACUCAUGCACAUCAUUUGAGGCUCAUCAGGCUGGCGUUGAAGAUGGGACACCUACUGAUAUUGCUGAAGACCACCACUACAGGAGUGAUGGUUUUGCUGGUGAUGCAGAACAUGGGUUCUUCGGAGACCAUUGCGACACAAAAGGUUGGGAGUUUGGUUUCACUACAGGGUGGGAUAAGCAUGAUUUUCUGUCGACAAACAAUGUCAUUGAAGAGGUGUUUGGAAAGGGUUCUAGCGAAGAUGGAAGUGACACCGCCAGUGGCCAGGACCUUAUCUGAGCCAGAGGCGGAGGCUUCUUUUCAACUGUGAAAGCUUUAGCAGUUCCCCCAGCCUCUCAGAAUCUGUACAGCAGUAGUUCGCCAUUUUGAUUUAAUGCCUCACUUGUUCUUUAUAGGAAUCUCUCAUCCCCUGUCCCUGGAACAUCACCUGCUUGAGAAACCUGAUUUUGGUCUCAUGAUUAAUGUAAAUCCGUAGGUGAUAUUUGUCAUCGGUCGAUGAUCUGCUGUAGCCUGUAGCAUGUACGUAUUGUUGUUGUCCAUCUCUGUGUUCGGGCCUGAGCAUUUUUUCCAUAUGCUAGCGAGGGUCAUGUAAUAAAAGCUGUUAUUGCUCCUUGAGCUGUGAUAUCCUUUUCAUAGUGAUUUGCCGCGUU